AUGUGUUAUUUUCAUAUUUUAAUAAAUAAUUUUUUUUAUUUCUUUUCAAAAUGCAUAUCAAAUUGUAGGAAUAUCGAAUACCAUACGAAAUUCAACCUCGCUCAGUAUAUACACACACAUACCAACGUCAAAAAAAGAAUGGUUUGCUUAAUAUUUAUAUUAUUUAUAUUUAAUAUGAAAUAUGAAAGCAGCCAAAUAGCCAAUGGAAAACCAGAAAUCAUUUUUUUAUAUGAAAAACUUUUAGUGCCAUUGGGAGCCAUUAUAGCAGCAGCAAUCGGUGUACCAUUAUUCGUCAUGAUCUGUUUAUUCAUAGCAAUAUGGUUUCAAGAGCUUGGAAUUUUUUGA